AUGGCGCUGGAAUCGGUGAUCCAGAUAUCAAUAAACGUGUUCGCUGGGAAGGAAUGUGAGAGUGCGUUUGCGUGUAGGCUGUACACUAAUGUGGUCCUGAAUCUAGUGCACAUUGAUGUUAGUGCGUUUUUGGAUGAUGCGUCUAGGCUUUUUCAGGACCGCAUUAGAGAUGCUAUAAACAAAUAUGGUCCUAUUUUGGUGUAUGGUGUUCUCAUUGCCAACUUUAAAAGGGUUGAUAAUGAGGAAGAAGUAGUUAAGCCAAUUCCCUUUGGAACUAAGGCUAACAGCAUCUUCCCCACAACCCUUUUAGAUGAUUGGUUUAAUGAGAACAUCAAGCAGCCAAUCUUGCGCAGUGUAGAAGAGUUUCACGCAAAGGGUUCAAAUUGGAAUCUUCAGUCUAUUAUAAGACUUGAAGUGAAUGUAAAUAAAUACAAUCCAAUGCGUGCGAGCUCAUACAUUGAUCUACCUUCACAAAUUAAAAGAAAGAAAGCCUGUAUUAACGUGCAAAACAAAGAUAACGAGUGCUUUAAGUGGGCGGUACUGUCAGCCUUACAUCCAAAUGUCGUGAGAAGUGAUCGUGUUUCCAACUACAAAGAAUUUGAAAAUGAGUUAAAUUUUGACGGAAUAGAUUUCCCAGUAACGUUAAAAAAUGUCCCGAAAUUUGAAAAAUUGAAUGAUAUUUCAAUUAAUGUCUAUGGUUUAUCAAAAUACUAUGGGGACUUCUUAACACAUCCUCUCCAUCUCACUGCGGAAAAAAGAGAUACGCGUGUAAAUCUCUUGUAUGUUGCCGACAUGUACGCUGAUGAAAGUGUUAAAGAGAAUAACAAAGAAAAAGUGCCAUAUGUAAUUUACGCCGACUAUGAAAAUCUACUUCUUCCAGCGGAUGAAGAUGUAGACAAUUUAAGUAAGACUGAAGUCUUCCAGCGUCACAAAUUGUUAAGCAUCGGAUAUUAUAUAAAAUGUAGCUACGACGAAUCAUUAUGUAAAUAUGUGCCGUAUCCGAAAAAUGAAUCUGACCCUGCUAAAUGGUUUGCUGAGGAGUUAAAGCAGAUUGCAGAGAAAAUGAAUAAAGUUUUUAAAAAUCCGUUACCAAUGACUGCAUUAACUUCUCAAGAAAUCAAUGAUUUUAAGCGAGCGACAGUCUGUCACAUUUGUCAUCAGAAAAUACCGGCAAGCGAAAAGAAAGUCCGCGAUCACUGUCACCUUACUGGCAAAUAUAGGGGUGCUGCCCAUGAAUCAUGCAACUUAAACUAUCAAGAUUGUCAAACGAUCCCCGUAGUCUUCCACAAUUUAAGCGGUUACGACGCCCAUUUUAUAAUUCACGCGAUCUCGACGAGCUUUGAAGGGAAAAUUGACCUCCUCCCCAUUAACAAAGAGAAGUAUAUCUCUUUUACUAAACAUGUUAAUGGGAGUGAGGUCAAAUUCAGAUUCAUUGACUCAUUGCGAUUCAUGGCAGCAUCCCUGGAAAAACUCGCAUCGUACUUAGACGAGUAUAAAAUUGUAAACUCCGUUUUUGCCAGUACGGUGACAGAUCCGGAUAAAAUCAAAUUAUUAACGCGCAAGGGUGUUUUCCCCUAUGAGUACUUUGACUGA